AUGUUAUUCUUAAAGUUCCAGAUCGAAGACGGUUAUGAGCAUGACCGCUGCACCCACUGGUAAACACUUGUUAAGCGAGCGGGCUUAGCGUUCCAUAGGCAAGUAUGUUUCACUUUGCAGGCAUUUUGUAAUGCUCUCUCCAUUUAUGUGUUCCUGCUAUUAGAAAAUCUGUGUUUGGCGGUGGAACUUUGGCUCAUUAUUUCCUGGCUUAUAAGUUCUUCUGCUGUGGCAUAAUAUAGUCUCUACUUCUGAGUUGCUGCAAAUUUCUGUGGAAUUUCAUUGUGAAAUUCAUGGAUGUUCCGAAAGCGCUCAAGACAGGUCAGGUGAAGAAGAACAUCAUUGUAAAUGAUGGUGUAAGAUCCCAGGUAUUGGCUGAAAUUAAUGAUGUUUUGUUUUGGAUUUUUUUUUUUCAUCAUCUGAGUUCAGCUGCUGAUAUUUAACAGGUGGGAGGAAAUGUGGUUAGUCACUGUUCAUUGUUCACUUGUUUGGGACUCUCUUUAAAACACCUUUUUUUCCUUUUUUUUAUAGUUAGAUUUUUGUAGAAAGAACAAUUUCCAUUCUGAAAAGGUUGAAAACAGUAUAUAUAUAUUUUUAAUUUUUAAAAAUAGCUCCAAAAGAUUUCCUAAAAUUCUAAAUUAGUUUUCAAGCUUUAAAAGUGGGAUCAGCUGCAUUAGUUUUUUACUUUUGGAUGAAAGUCAUCUGAUAAUUCCAAGAAGUUUGGGAAAAUUGUUGGAUGUUUCCAGAAUGAAUUGGAUUAAACUAGGGCAUGUCUGGUAAUGUUUUCGUUUAUGGUUUAUUCUUGUAACUAAUUUAUCAAGAUUUAUUUUUUAAAUAUUUAAUUAAUUUAUGAAAUAUAUUUUUAAAGCCUCUUCGUAUUUUUAAGUCAAGUUUGGCUUUGGGGCUUUGAUUGAGGUGGGUUUUCUAAAAAUUUUGGAGCCUUAAUAAUAUUGGAUAAGGUGAGUUUCGUAAAUUUAUUUGGACUCUAAUAACUAAAUUUAGUCUUUUUUUUAAUAAAUUUAAAUUUGUGAUGUCUAAAUUCUCAAGUUAAAAUUCAAUAAAAUAUUUAAUUGAGAAACAAAUCUACGAAAAAAAUGGGUAAGUGAUAAGUUAACAGAUCAAAAUAAAAAAUUAUCAAUAUCCUUUCUUUUUUUGGCUUAAAUCCAAAGGAAAGUAAUAAAUGUCAUCUACUAGGAUUAAUGAAAAAUUAACUGAUCUAGAUUAGAUUAAAUUAUAUAUUUAAGCUCCAAAUAACAAAAUUUCUAAUUGUUCUAAAUAAUCCCAAAUAUAAAAGUGUGGUUGUAAUUUAAAACUUAAAAUUAAAUAAUAGGAAGCCUAUUAAAAAGGAAAGGGCCAGAAAUGGCUUACAAUAAUUGACAAUUGAUUAAAUAAUUGAACAAUUGGCAUUUAGUCAACUCAAUCAAUGAUUGAAAUUUUGGUUAACUUGGUAAAUAACUUAUAUUUGACCGUUCAUAUGCUAAAUAGGUUAUUGACAUUUAACAUGGUCAGAUUAGAAUUUGAAAUUUGGUAUAUUUUGGUCAGUUUGGCUUUGAUUAAAUCUUUAAAGACAUGUAUAUCGUUACAAUAUUUGUAACAAGUUCUUACAUGGUCCCUUUCUUUUAUAUGAUAUGGGGCGAUAAGUUAAGGUGUUUUGAUUAAGUGACGUGUCAAUAACAAAGGAUUGCUCGAAAAUUUUGAAUAUAGUAAAAAGUGAGAGGCAAUGAAGGAAUCAUCAAAAAAAAAAAAAAAAUUGGGAUAAAGAGAGAUAAAUAGUGCGGUUCACAUUUUCUUGUGUUUAGAGCUUCUCAUUUUCUUAUAGAAGUCUGUCCAUGUUGGGGAUGGGUAAAAUCUUGUGAAGUAGCAGGGUGCAUUGAGCAACGGGGGAUGAGGGUGAUUCUACCCAUGGGUUGGACCACGCUACAAGUUGAAGUGCUUCCACGGCAGGAGAAGGAUAGGGCAAUGUUUUCGUUGUCGGAUGAACAAGAAAGGAAUUGGAAAGGAAUUGGAGGGAAGACAAGACUCACGACAGGAGAAGGACAGGGCAUUGUUUUCGUUGUCGAAUGAACAAGAAAGGGAAGGAAGCUAGUCGUUGGAGGGAAGACAAGACUCGUGGAGUGAAGGAGGUGUGAAUCACAAGUCGCACAUAAGUCAUAAGGUCGCACGACAAAAGAACACCCAACAUAAAGAUAAAGAUGUACACUUUAGAUUUCACAAUCUAUCUUACUAAUAAAAGAAAAAGGGGUAGCCUGCUCACUCUUUUGUAGAGAAUCGCAUCGAGACAAAAGAAAUGUUCUGACGUGCAUGAAAUGCAUCUUACUUUCUUGCUGACUGAAUCAAUUGAAGGAGGUUUCUAUAAGAAGAGUUGCGACUUCACGUCGGAGCGGACAUGGUUUCAUGACGAGUGGGCAUUCACUCUCAAGAUGCCUUGAUGGUGAAAUGGUAGACACGCAAGACUCAAAAUCUCAUGUUAAAUAGUGUGGAGGUUCGAGUCAUUUUUAAGGCAUGCAUAAUGGUGAGAAUGCUCGUUGAAUUGGAAGGAACGAUAGUAGAUCACGAAAGCGUGGCAAUCUCCAUUGUCUGUCUUGCACUCACCCUUGAGUAUAAGCUUGAGUAUAAGCUUCAACAGGAAUUAAACAAGUUUAAGGAAUGAACUUGCCAAUUAAAGUAUACCCCAACACAAUAAGCCAUGGAUGAAGAGUACGACGUCAUCGUUCUCGGAACUGGCCUCAAAGAGUGCAUUCUCAGUGGCCUUCUCUCCGUCGAUGGCCUCAAGGUACUUCAUAUGGAUAGAAAUGACUACUACGGAGGAGCAUCAACCUCUCUUAAUCUCAUACAGAUUUGGAAGCGUUUCAGGGGGAAUGAUAAGCCUCCUGAACAGUUGGGCUUGAGCAAGGAGUACAAUGUUGAUAUGAUACCUAAGUUCACGAUGGCCAAUGGUGGUUUGGUACGAGUGCUUAUCCACACAGAUGUUACCAAAUACCUACACUUCAAGGCUGUGGAUGGUAGUUUUGUGUACAACAAGGGGAAGAUUUACAAAGUUCCAGCUACUGAUGUUGAAGCUCUAAAAUCACCACUGAUGGGACUUUUCGAGAAGCGUCGUGCUCGAAAGUUCUUCAUUUAUGUUCAAGAUUACGAAGAGUCUGAUCCAAAAUCUCAUGAAGGUUUAGAUUUGAACAAAGUUACAGCUAGAGAACUCAUCACGAAGUAUGGGCUAGAAGAUGAUACAAUUGACUUUAUUGGGCAUGCUCUGGCACUACAUUUCGACGACAGUUAUUUGAAUGGGCCAGCCUUGGAUUUUGUGAAGAGAAUGAAGCUUUACGCAGAGUCUUUGGCACGCUUCCAAGGAGGUUCUCCCUAUAUCUAUCCACUCUACGGACUUGGAGAGUUACCUCAGGCAUUUGCUCGUUUAAGUGCCGUUUAUGGUGGAACAUACAUGCUCAACAAGCCAGAAUGUAAGGUAGAGUUUGAUGGUGAUGGGAAAGCUUAUGGUGUGACUUCCGAAGGAGAAACUGCCCGAUGCAAAAAAAUUGUUUGUGACCCAUCGUAUCUGCCAGAUAAGGUUCGAAAGGUUGGAAAAGUAGCUCGAGCAAUUUGUAUAAUGAGCCAUCCAAUCCCAGAUACCCAUGAUUCUCAUUCGGCUCAGGUUAUUCUGCCGCAAAAGCAACUUGGUCGUAAAUCAGAUAUGUACCUCUUCUGUUGCUCAUAUGCACACAACGUUGCUCCAAAAGGAAAAUUUAUUGCUUUCGUUUCCACAGAAGCAGAGACCGAUAAUCCUGAGGUAGAAUUGAAGCCUGGGAUUGACCUCCUCGGACCUGUUGAUGAGAUAUUCUAUGAAACUUAUGACAGAUUUGUUCCCACAAAUAACCAUGACACUGACAAUUGCUUCAUAUCCACGAGUUAUGAUGGAAGCACCCAUUUUGAGUCUACAGUAACAGACGUGCUUGACAUGUACAGCAAGAUCACUGGAAAGGAACUUGAUCUUUCUGUGGAUCUCAGUGCUGCAAGUGCUGCUGCUGAAGAAUGAGAAACAGUAGUGCUAAUUCUUGAGAGAAAAAAAAAAAGUAACAUUUUUGUUUGUUUGUUUGUUUCUAAUUAAUUUUUUUUUUCCUUUUUCUAUAAGUACUUCUGCAUCCGAAUGUGUCGUUGCUCAUUUUAAAGGGACUUCCAAUAUAUACCCAGAUUCAAAUACGUUACUCUA